UCUUCUUCUUCUUCUUCUUCUUCUUCUUCUUAUUAGCCCGCCCGGCUCUGCGCUCAUGUGCUGCGCCUGCUCCUGCUCCUGCACAUCUGCUCCCCUACUGACCGCUUCCUGCCCUCAGCCUUAUCGCCGCCGCCUCAUAUCUCCCUAUCCCCACUGAAUCUAUGCCACUGACCCUCUCCCUCUGAUCUACGCCUCUCCUCCUCCUUCUCCUUCCUCUCGGCACACAUAUAUGACAAGGCAUGGCGUCGCGGUCGUCGUCGCUGCCGCAGACCUUUCCGUUAUCGCGCCCACCGAGGAACGCUGGCGGUCUUGAUGAUUCCUCUGGAUCUGCCCAGCACCCGACUUCCUCCACCAGCACCCGGCAACGCAGCGCCAUAGCAUGUCGCUACUGUCGCAGGCGGAAGAUCCGAUGCUACGGCUUCGAGAGCAAUCUCCCUGAUCCGCGAUGCUCAAACUGUAUAAAGUUCAAUCAACAAUGCGUCUUCAUGCCUGUAUCCGCCGUCGCAGGCCUGUCUCCGGAAGAAUACAGCUCGCGUUCGAUAUCAGAUCAGCACCAUAUAUACCCCAGCUCUUCGCACACCCACGCAUCAUCAGGUGCACCCCAGUACAGAGCUGUCUCGUCGCCGCAUUCGACAUCAGAGAUCGGCCAACCUCACCAGCAAUUCGCCUCAUACCAGGUUCCCACCCCGCUUCCUUCUCACAUUCCUCAAGGAUAUCCAUCAACAACCACACCCCAAUCCUCCCAACACUAUUCCCAGCACAGCCACACUCAGCAGCCUGGAUACUCGCUUUCCGGACGAGGAUCAACCGACCCCACAAACUAUCGCCACUCCAGAGUCCGUCGGCUGUCGGUCCCGGAGGGCGCACAGUACGGUCUCGGUCUGUCGCUCCAGUCUCCGCAUUCUGCGAUGGUUAGACCUGGAAGCAGGGAUCGAAGUAUUUCAAACUCAUCUACAAACUCCAAUGCCUCUGCUGUAGCUUCUGAUGUGCCGCUAUUCCAACAGCAGCAGCAGCAGCAGCAGCAGCAACAGCCGCCAGGAGCAAGAGCAGCGCAGCUCUUCCAACAGCCGACGAUGCUAACCCAGCCUGCUCCGCCGAUGGUGAUAAGAUCAGCGCAGGCGGCGCAGGCGGCUCAGGCAGCUCAAGCAGGCUCGCCGUCGUCUGCAUACUCCCCUCUCAGCACCUACGACGCGCAAAUGAGCCCGGUCUCACCCACAGAUACGUUCCAGCACGUGUCGCCGUAUCUCGGCGCGCACGGGGUUUCUUCUAGCUACGCGUACGCGUCUGAAGGGCGGCGGCAGCUGCUGCCUGAACAUCAGCAACCCUUGAGUCAUCAUCAACAGCGGUACACGGCCGGUCCGCCGCUGUUUCAAGAAAAUCAGCUGCAGUACGGUAGAGCCGACAGCGAAAUAGGGUACCCAAGAGACCCGUCUUUACAGCACAUCCAGACGUCACUACCAGAGUUUGACCGCCACCCGCAGCAGCCGACCCUGGGUUAUGGCUACACAGCCGGAUCCCACAGCAACAGUGUUCCGCAACCGCCGAGUACGCAACCACAGUCCUCGCGGCCGAGUAUAUCGAUCAAGAACCUGCUCGACCCAUCCGGCGAGACGAUAUCCUCGCGCCCUACCUCCGACCUCUAGACCAUGUGAUAUUUUUCCUUUGAGUAUCCUCGCUAUGGUUUCGAUAAUGAUAAUUAUGAUUACGUCACGCUGCAUUGCUUUCUGUUUAUAACAACUUUAUGUAUCUCUAGUUUGUCUCUGGGUCAGGAGUAUAUGAGGGAUUAUUUUUUAUUUAUUUAUUUCCUUGUGAUCUGGUUGUAAACGGCAUUUGCUUCUCUAUCGAUGUUUACUUGUUUUGUACUUUAUUCACUUUUGGUAUAGUUAGUUAGAUAGUGGAGUUCAUGUGCAUAUUCUUUUUGGUUUAUUCAAUUUCGUUACAUUAUUCUACCUGAAUUACAGUUAAUACAAGAAUACAAAGAGAAAUAGAUAUUAAGAAGAUCUUAAACCAGAUAAACAGUUGGCGCGUGCGAGACAACAGACGAAAUACGUCGAUUAGAGUUCCGAGAUGUCCACACC